AUGGCCAACUUGUUCAACACCGCGCGAACCGCCUUCCGCGCCGCCGCCAACGGUACGGCCGCCUCGGUCCGCCAGGCUUCCACCCAGGCUGGCUCGAACGCGUCGCAGUCGAUGUUCGCCUCGCGCACGUCGGCCGUCGCCGCCACCGCCGUUGCCAUCGGCUCCGUCGCCUGGUACAACCAGGUUUACGGCACGCUGCCCUUUGUCGACAGCGCGUCGGCCAACAUGAUCGACGAGGGCCUGCACCCGCCCAAGUACCCCUGGAGCCACUCGGGCCCCUUUGAGACCUUUGACCACCAGAGCAUCCGCCGCGGUUACCAGGUCUACCGCGAGGUCUGCUCGUCUUGCCACUCCCUCGACCGCAUCGCCUGGCGCAACCUGGUCGGCCAGUCGCACACGGUCGACGAGGUCAAGGCCAUGGCCGAGGAGGUCGAGUACGAGGACGGCCCCGACGACGAGGGCGCCAUGUUCCAGCGCCCCGGCAAGCUGGCCGACUACAUGCCCAAGCCGUACGCCAACGACGAGGCGGCGCGUGCCGGCAACGCCGGUGCUCUGCCCCCGGACCUCAGCCUGAUGGUCAAGGCGCGACACGGAGGCGCCGACUACAUCUUCGCGCUGCUGACGGGCUACACUGACCCGCCGCCGGGCGUCAAGGUGCAGGAGGGCCUCAACUACAACUCGUACUUCCCCGGCACUCAGAUCGCCAUGGCGCGCGUGCUCUAUGACGGUCUGGUCGACUACGAGGACGGCACCCCUGCAACGACGUCGCAGAUGGCCAAGGACGUCGUCACCUUCCUCAGCUUCUGCGCCGAGCCCGAGCACGACGACCGGAAGCGCAUGGGCAUGCAGACCCUCAUUAUCCUCAGCAGCCUGACGGCGCUCUCGCUCUGGGUCAAGCGCUUCAAGUGGGCCUCGAUCAAGAGCCGAAAGCUCGUCUACGACCCCCCAGCAAGCCACUGA